GUGAAGAUGGUUGAAAUCGCACCUGCUGCUCCCGCUGCUGCCGCCGCUGCUCCGGCUAAAGCAACAAAGAAGAAGACCGCGGUGAAGGCGAAGAAUGCCGGACCAAGUGUCAGCGAAUUGAUCGUCAAAACCGUGUCUGCAUCCAAGGAGCGUAGCGGGGUUACUGUGCCAUCGAUGAAGAAAGCCCUGGCUGCCGAUGGCUACAACGUUGAGAAGAACAACUCACGCGUCAACACCACCAUCAAAGCUCUGGUUCUUAAGGGAACUUUGAUUCAGGUGAAGGGCGCCGGAGCUUCUGGGUCUUUUAAGAUCAACAAGGAGGUAAAGGCGAAGAAGCCAGAGGUCAAGAAGGCAGCUGCCCCUAAAGCCAAGAAGCCUGCAGUCAAGAAACCCGCCGCUGCCAAGAAGACUACCCCAAAGAAGGUCAAGAAAACUGCUGUCAAGAAAGCUACCCCGAAGAAGGUGAAGAAGCCCGUCGCGGCCAAGAAGGUGACGCCCAAGAAAGUUGUCAAGAGUCCCAAGAAAGCGGCUAAGCCCGUUGCUAAGAAGACCCCGGUGAAGAAGGCAACCAAGCCCAAAACAGUCAAGAAGGCAGCCCCAAAGAAGAAGUAA